AUGAGGUCCUAUUGUCGUGUUGUUUUGACCUCGUUGACACUUUUUCUCGUCUGUCCUUUCUCGUGGGGGUUUAGCAUUAGUGGCCUUACGCCGACCGUAACACUGGGACAGGUCGAACAACUGACAUGGUUCAGAGACCCGAAUGAUCCAGCGGUCUUUCAACUCGCAAAGGGCUCAGGCACUAAGCUACCAGACUUCAAUUGGAAAACGAUCGGCCCUAUAAUAUCAGUUGAUCAAGACACAACUCAGGGUAUCGUAUCAGUGAACUUCGACGAUGCUCUAAGCCAAGUCACUAUCGUUGCGUACGAAACCCUCUUCAAAGCUGAGAUCCCAAAACUGCCUGGCUUCUUCACCGACCCCAAUCCAAUAACCAUUAUGAUGACACCACCACCACCACCACCAGCCUCACAGAACACCGUGCUGGUCAGUCUGUCCAGAACUGUAGAUUCAACAACAACUCCACCGCCAUCAUUGUCGACCAUACCCAGCUCUCACUCGUCGACAGUCGGUAACAGUUCACCAAUGAUAACGUCGACAGCGGUUGGCAGUAAUACAAACGAACUUCCGACUUUCGCAGCUGUAUUGCCGGAUUCAUCAUUGGCAUCUGUAGCGGAUACAGAAAGUGAAACCGGCCAGCUCCUCACUGUUACUGCUGCUGGCACCACCUCCGCUCCGCAUGGAGGAAACAAAAAUCCAAUUUCUCCCUCCUCUCCUUCGGACGCACUUCAGUCGCAUCCAAACGUCGGCGUUAUAGUCGGUGCAACCAUUGGUUCCAUCCUAUUCGUUAUCAUGCUGUUUUUGCUCGUCGUAUGUGCUCGUCGCCGGAACCUGCAGAAACGAUAUCGGUCAGCCUUAUCUGGCAGAUUUUAUCGUGACAAAAUGAUCAAGUCCGAGGAACGCCUUCCGAUACCUGAGGAUCAACCAGACUUCAAUCCAUUCGAUCCCUUCAAUGAACCCAAAAAUGUCUUUCCCGCCAGCCGCAAUCUUAAAAACGUUACAAGUCCUUCGCCCGAUGUAACGCAUCUUCAAGUACCUCACCACGCGACAUACACCGUAACCGAAACGGGCUCGGCGUAUGAGAGUUAUGAAGGGGGUUCGGAGUAUGCGUCAACAGUUGAUCACACCGACCCUUAUUGUGGAAUCGCUCCACGAACGGAAAGACAGAUGGAUAUUGAGAGAAAGAUAUUCCAGUUACAGGAGCAGCUGAUUAGGCUACGUGGUGAGUCACGAUCAACGGCAAGUACGCCGUCGAUAUCCUCGACAGUUGGAGACAUUAGAGAGCGAAUUGAGAGGUUGAAGGUAUUACAGGAGGGCCAGUGGGCGAGGGAACUCAGCGAUGAAGUUCCUAUGGAGAUGGGUAAUUAUUGA